UCUCGAUGCCCAUUUAUAUAGCUCAUUUAAAGUCCAUGGAAUUUAUGGUGUAUUAUAAAUUCCCCCUUUGAGGAAACUAUUAAUUGCCAAUCCUCUGCUUCCAUUCACCACAUUGCACUCAAAAUUUCUACUUCGAAUAUUGGGUUUUUCUUUUUCACUUUAAUUUCUCGGCCUUUUUUUUUUUUUUCUCUUGCCGGCAAAAGAAAUGGACAAAUGUGGCCGGAAGCAGUCAAAGACUAGCAGCUGCUGCUCUGAAGAGGUGAGCAGCAUUGAAUGGGAGUUCAUAAACAUGUCUGAACAAGAAGAAGAUCUCAUUUAUAGAAUGUAUAAACUCGUUGGGGACAGGUGGGCCUUGAUUGCUGGUAGGAUUCCGGGUCGGAAAGCUGAAGAAAUAGAAAGGUUUUGGAUCAUGAGACAUGGAGAAGUAUUCGCUAAGAGACGAAGAGAGCUGAAGAGAUAUAAUUCAUAAUGCCUUUUAAAUUAGUUUAGUAGCAUCGAGUUUGAUAGGGUAGAAUUUGUUUUCUUUCUCUCAUGUUCACUGUGAUCCCCUUCUCUUCUCUCUCUGUAACGCUUGCAUGCCCUUGUAUGGCACAAGGUUUUUGUUGCGAUGGAAAUUGAAGUUGUUGUGGUUUUAAUUGGGUAAUCCAAUCAAAAGCCCUUCCUUUUUCGGCUCUUCUGUCUUUUCCCUCAAUGGGUCUCGGGUACUCUCCAU